AUGGAACUAUCCAUUCUUUUAGUUAUGAAAUUUACAAAUCCACCAGACUUCAUUGAUGUAGAUCUCCAGUAUAAAGCAAAAAUUUUAGAGUCGAAAUAUCUGUGUCUACCUACCGAAGAAAAAGACAGCUAUCACCACUUCCGUCCCACAUUCCUUCCUUCUAGAAAAGAAAAUAUCGAUUUCUGUUACCCAUCUGAUCUCAUCUCAUCACCGCCUAUGGAGUAUAUCCACAAUCCACAAGUUUUACCCGCAGUUCCUAAUCCACAAGUUUAUCCACAGCUCUUAUCCACAAUGUUAAGUCCAGAGUUCAAAGAUGCAAUUUGUUAUAAACCCUAA